UUAAAAGAUAGGACGGUGUGGUAAUAUAAAACGGUGAUACAGCUGGUAGUAGUAUACAGUGAUAAACAAGCCACGAGCAGAACUUUUAUAAAACUACACCAUGGAUCUGACAAUAGUUUUCAUAUUUAUUCUUGUAUUUCUUGUGUCAGUUCUUGUAAUCAGAAAACCUAAAACUCUCCCGCCAGGGUAUUUUGGGAUUCCUUUCAUUGGAUCUGUGCCAAUGAUGCGAAAACUUCGUGGUAAAAGACCGCAUCUUGUGUUGUUUGAGGAGUCUAAACGUAUUGGAAACAUAUUUAGCUGGUAUUUAGGGAAUCAGCUGAUCGUGGUUCUGAGUGGGUAUGAUACUAUACAUGAGGCGCUGGUGAAGAAGGCGGAAGCUUUUAGCGACAGACCGAACUUCAACAGAAACCCAAUUUUCCCAAGAACCAAUGGAGAAAAUGGAAUUCUGACUGGUAGAUACGGACAAUGUUGGCGGGAAUUACGGCGGUUCACGCUCCAAGCUCUACGGGAUUUUGAUGUUGGAAAGGCAUCUAUCGAAGAAAAGAUUGAUGUAGAAAUUGAGACAGCUACAGCGUUCCUACAAGACACUAAUGGAAAACCAACAUCAAUGAAUCAAUUAAUGCAGAAAAUUGUGGCAAACGUCAUCUUUGGUAUCGUAUUUGGACAAAGAUAUGACUACGAUGAUCCGGAAUUCGACAGAACGCGAGCAAUGACCAACGCUGUUGUUACUGGUGAAGGUCCGGUCAGCUUUACGCCUUUUAUGCCGAAAUUUCUCGUCAACAUUCUUAAACGAACGGAUGCUAAGAACAGCGAUAUUAGAAGACAGUGUAUUGUCGACAUGCGCAAAUAUGUAUAUAAACAAAUAGAUGAGCACGAGGCUACUUUCGACAGGGACAACAUCCGGGACUUUGUAGACAUUUACAUUCAGACAGAGAAAGAAGGAGAUGGAAGCAUGCGCAAAUUUGUCACAAAAGGGAAUAUGUUUCGUGUGAUCUUUGAUCUAUUUUUGGCUGGAUCUGAAACAACAUCAACAACCCUAGAUUGGGUUUUUCUUUAUAUGAUCGAAUUUCCAGAAGUUCAGAAAAAAUGCCAAGAAGAAAUUGAGAACAUACUUGGAGACAAAAUUAUAGAAUAUUCAGAUCGUAGCAAGCUUGUCUACGUCAACGCCGUCAUCAUGGAAAUACAGAGAUGUUGCAAUUUAGUACCCAUCAACGUGGUGCACAGUACCAGUGAGAACACAACCAUCGGAGGCUACAAUAUACCAGCUAGAACACUGAUAUUACCAACACUCUAUUCAGUUCACAUGGACCCCAAAUAUUUCCCUAGCCCAGAAAAGUUCGAUCCAGACAGAUUCAUAGAUGACAAGGGAAACCUGAUUAAAAACGAAGCUCUUAUACCAUUUUCAACAGGUCCGCGUACAUGCCUUGGUGAACCUCUAGCCAGAAUGGAACUGUUUUUGGUGUUUGCAAAUCUACUUCAGCGAUUCAACUUUUCAAGAGAAGAUCCAAACAAGCCUCAUACAAUGGAAUCUAAACAAUCACAGAUCACAAAUGCCCCGGUUCCGUACAGACUCCGGGCUACCAAGAGGCAGUGAUAUGUUGCAUGCGCAUUUCAGCUACUAAAAACCAAAAUAAAUAAUAUCGAAAUGUCCGAUUCUAGAUUGUACUCCUAUGCGUAUUUUCUGGUCGUGAAAUAUACACAGACACGCCAUCUCCAUGAAAUACAAGCACAAAUAAAGGUGGCCACCGCCAAUACCAAGUUGGACAGAAAUUUGAAAUUUAAAGUGUCAUACAAAUGCUAUGUUUCUCGAUGGUUACCCUGAUGUUGAUCAAAUACCAGGAAGGAAAUACUUUACAGAACUUAUUAGGACUAAAUCUUAAAACUUCAUAUUUGUGUAAUACAAAAGAUAUUUAGUAUACUUCUUUUGACCACGUUAAAUGUGACCAAAAUAACUUGCCUAAAUAUACGUAUUUGUUAGCAUAUACAAUUAAAAAUGGGAACAUUAAGACGCUAUGCGAGAAUGAAUAAAUGCAUGAAUGAAAGAAAUCAGGAAGCUAGUCUAUUUCAUAUACAAUGUACUUAUUAUUUAGUGUUUGAUCUCAUCUUACAUUUCCCUUUUUGGUUCAUUUUUCUACAAAGCAGAAUGUGAUUUAAGCCCUGGUGAUACAUAUAAUUAUAAACUAAGAAAAUGAAGUCAACUAAAAGGAUAGGAUGGUGUUCUUAUAUUUUUUCUGGACUGAUCUGAAAUAAGUUUGGACCUUCAGCAAGUUCUUAAUUGGAGACUGCAGAGAAAUCGAUUUUGUAUAGAGAAACGUCAAACAAGUUUUUGAUGUGAUAGUUAUCAUAUCGUUGAAUAAAAUAAACACGUAAGUAUCAGUUGA